CCUCCUGAACGAACAUCUUCCCUUUUUUCUCAACGCCUCCCCCUCCGUACAGCAUAUUACUGUUCCGCAUACGGUAUCUUCUUCCCGCCUAAUCGAUACCCUUGCCUUCAGCAUUGGACAGGAAACCACGAAGGUCCGCCACGGGCACAAGCACCCUAUUCCCUCCAUCCCUCCAGCCUGGUGCUUCCUCGUCCUUCGGCACUCUUAUCCCUCUAAAACGAAUCCCUUCAACAUCCUACUCUGCACCAUGCCGUUCUCUCUCAACAACUUGCGCUUCGGCAAGGCACUUGCCAAAGAAGACACUGCACCGUUGCGGCAGUUCACUCGCAGGUCGCUCAGCAAAACAGAUUGCCUUCUAGCCAAAGGAUAUACUUUCCCUUCAGCAGACAAUAACGUCGAUAGCUCCGAAUAUACGACGCUCAAGUGGGAUCCUUCCUGCUUUCCUUCGGAUAACCUGGACAUCUAUCUGUACAACGUCGCCGACACCAACACGCUGCUACCCAUCCACGGUUGGAGGAACUUCCCUUCAAGGGAGGGGUCCGCUCAAGUCAAGCUCGCUCCUCGUUGGUGGGUCAAGGACCCUCACAUAUCACAAAAUGCCAAGCUCUACAUAAACAUUGUUCCGUCUGGCAACGAGCCCUGGGACACGAACACUCCCGUUGGCCCUAACUGGAACGCUAUCUACACUGCUCCUACUCCGGGGCAUAACCCCCCCAAAGAUGCGCUGCAAACAAAGCAAGGCGUGACAGAAAGCGUCAUCAGCGUCUUCUUCGCUAGCGGAGGUCUUACGCCAGGGGGCAAAGCUGCUGCCGUUAUCUGUCCCCUGGUUAUUGUCGGCGUCCUCUUGGCUCUAUGGAUCCGAAAGCUCCACAUCAACCGAAAUAACAAGACCGCUAACUGGGCCGAGAAGAUGGACCAGCGCAUGAGCAGAGUGUCCAUCGACUGGAUGGCUGGAGGAGAUGGAAGCAUGGGUCCCGUUCCCGGGAGUCGGCCUGCAUCGUACAUGCAGCGGCCGUCCGGUGACAUCCACGGUGCCGGCUUGGCUGGCCGCGAUGCUGCCAUGCAAGCAAACGAUAUUGCUGCGCGCGGCGUGUCGUUCGACACCAUGCGCGAGCGACGACAGAGCCGAAUUAGCUUCGCGCAAGAGACCGCCGGCCAUCGCGUUUCACGCAUCAGCGUUGGUCCAUCGUCCCAAGACCACUCGCAUGGUCACAAGACGAGCGUAUCUCUCUCACGCAUCGGCCAGAGCGGCCUGCGCCACUCGUUCUAUAACGCCAAUACCCCAGCCGUUCCGCGUGUGGACCCUGUCCACCACGAGAGCAUGUACAGCGAUGCGUACGCCGACGGUGCCAUGGAGGACCUGGACGACCUGGCCAUGAGCCCCACGCAACAUCAAGGCCCGAUACCGCUCAACAACGACCAUCUCGAUCAGAUGCGCAGUAGCCUUGAUGCCAACCGUGCGCUGCAGCUCGACGAUCCUGUUGGCGCGCGAGUUCCUUCACCGCUCGGCAUGGACGCCACCGAAUCAGAGUUCCGGGGGUCUGUGCUCGAGUACCCUGCUGUCUCGCUGAUCCAGUCGGGGCAGGAGGGCGCUCAAAUGGGACAUGUCGACAUGUUUGCAGCUUCCGCCAUCUCUGACCAGCAACCUGGCGCCAGCACGCAGACCGGCAUGGCGCCACCCGCUAACUUUUCCAGUCCAGAUGAGGCCCUAAAGCAGUAUGCAGCCGUUCGCGCUGGCGCCAUCUCACCUGCAGAUUCCCAAGCGGCCAGCGGCAGUAACAACAUGAUGCGCACGCUCUACACCCCCGAGCCAAACUACGGCCAUCGACCACAGCAAGGCAGCCUGGCCGGCACCUCGCUGUCAGAAGACGCUGUUGUCGGCUACAAUGAAGCAGGAUACUCGGAAGACCAAGGUCGUUCCGCGACAAGAUUUUGAACUUUGAAUGUCAUCCCUUCGGCUUCGCUUUUCUCUCCCAAUUCUCUCAUCGAGCCGACGGUCAUUGCGCUCAGCGCAGCCUUUUCAGACAUUCUCUGAGACCUGGUUUAACGUUCACCCGUCUGCUGGCAGACGCACUCCAUAAGACCGUAAGCCAAAGACUGUGCCCCAUUGUAUUUGUCAUUCAGCCCUAUCUGGAUAUCGCCUGCAUCUUGAGUCCCCACAGUUGCCCUGGUCCCUGCACCCUCAUUCCCUUCGCGCCUGUAUAUCUUAUCCUUGAC